CAUCGAAAAAGGCCUGAAAAAGCCAAACUACAGGUUCAAUCGAUACAUUCUCCUGACAGAACAAGAAAAUGCUUUGGAUUAUUUUCAUUCCGAAACCCAAACGAACCGGUUCAACUGAAAGCUGUUACCAUUCGGUGCAACGUGGCUGCGCUAACGUCCAAUGUGGCCACAACUUUCACAUAUUACAAUCAGUAUGAGGAAGCAUCUGAUGCUAAAUUUGUUUUCCCACUGGACGACGUCGCCGUGUACGCGUUCGAGGCGCAGAUUGGUGAACGUGUUAUCAUCGCCGAAUGUCGUCCCCGGGAAGAAGCGCAAACCGUUUACAAGGAAGCAGUUGCGGAGGAACAUGGAGCCAUUUUGGUUGAACAAGAAGAAAGUUCCGAAGACCUUUUUCAGAUCAGCGUUGGGAAUGUACCAGCAAAAGAAACGGUGAAAAUAACGAUCAAGUAUAUUGGCUACUUGCUUGCCGAUAAUAUCGCUGAUGAUACGAGUAGUCCUCAUAAAUCAGAGGCAAUAUUUCUGUUGCCUUCGGUCAUCAACCCUAGGUACUCACCACUAAAAUCGGAAAUUGUUCGAGAGUAUGACCCAUUCGCGCAUCCGUCGCAGGUGAACGCUACUCCUUACUCGAUAUCCUUCGAAGCCAAUGUGAAGAUGCCUCACACUAUCCAGAAAGCUUUUUUGAUUGAUGAUGAAUACACUACUGAAAUAGACAAAACGGAUAAACGUCGGGCCAAAGCAAGUUCGCAUUUAAAGCGAUCUAGUUUUAAUAUCGCCUGUGCUAUUUUAUGUGCAUUUACCUUUAAUUGGCGUCCGUACAGACCAUACACCCAUACAAAUCAAUCAUCCAGGAAAAAUGCACAUCUGUCACAGGUAAUCCUGAAAUCACGAAAUACGUUCGACCAUGACCUUAAAAUGGUCAUCAGGAUGGACGCACAUCUCCGUUCCUUUGCUGUGGCAGAGCCGGGAAUCUCGUUGAAGUCCGGUAUCACGACCAUGGAUUGCAUUAUGGCACAGUUUUUGCCGGAUUUCUCCAAGUUCUCCUCAAAACAAGGAGGAAAAACUGAAUUGGUGUUCGUCAUCGAUCGUUCAGGAAGUAUGGGCGGUUCUGGAAUCAAAAAUGCAGCCGAAGCUCUGUUAUUAAUGCUGAAGUCUCUGCCGAUUGGGUGUCGCUUCCAGAUAAUCGGAUUUGGUAAUACGCAUGAAGCCUUAUUCCGCGAUCGUCCUCCUGUCCUGGCGCAGCAAAAGUUGUCCAGCCGGUUUCAAGCGUCUGUGGCACUACCUGACUGGGAAGUCCUGACAAGCGGGCCAAUCGAUCGUCACAACCAGGACAGUUAC